AGGUUCUUUAUCAACCUGCUGUGCGGACCGUCCGAGUCCAGCGACAUCGCCCUCCACUUCAACCCGCGCUUCGACGGCUGGGACAAGGUGGUCUUCAACACCCGCCAGAACGCCACCUGGGAUGCAGAGGAGAAGAUCCGGGACAUGCCCUUCAGUAAGGGCAAGGCCUUCGAGAUGGUCAUCGUGUGCUUCGCGCAGAGCUACCAGUUCAAAAUCAACGGGAAAGAUUUCUACACCUUCGAGCAUCGCCUGCCUUUGGCGAGAGUGUGCGGCAUGCAGAUUGGGGGAGACGUUUCCAUACAGACAAUUAACGUCAUUGGGGUGAGAUGAAUUUCAGUUGGUUGCUAGGCAGAAU